ACUGUUUGAAGUUAAACCCUUAUAUAUGGGAAUCUUUUGAAGAUCUUUCGAAAAUGGGAGCGAACGUCAAAACAAAAACAUUAUUCAAAGCAAACCACACUAUUCCUAAUCUUAACAACAACAACAACAACAACAACAACAACAACAAUAAUAAUAAUAAUAAUAAUAAUAGCAAAAAGACUCUAAUUAACUCUAAAAAUGGGGGAAAUAACAUCAAUAACACCAAUAACAUCAAUAUCAAUCAAGGCCUAAUCAACAACUCGUCGACCCCCAACAACUCCAAUUUCUUGAACUUGGAAGAUGAUAAUCUAUUUUCGACCAAAACGAGAUCAAAACCUUCAAAUGCACAACCGAUCAAUUCAAGAUCUUUUCUUCGAAGAUCUUCCAUUCCAUAUCAAGAAUUUCGAACUCCCAACUCGAAAACUGCCACUGACAAAUGUGCCGCUGGAUCAUUAAACAAUACUGUUUCCAAUUCCAAUUCCAAUUCCAAUUCCAAUUCCAACUCCAACUCCAACUCCAACUCCAACUCCAACUCCAAUUCCAAUUCUAAUUUCAUAAAUAACGAAGGAUUCAAAACUCCCAAUAUUCCAUCCACAUCGGACCUUUUGAGGAGAUCAUCGCGUUUAUCAAAUUCUAAAUCCUCCAUCAGGAAAAUUCCUUCUUCUGCAUCUGCCUGGAUAUCGAAUCCUGCAUCCAGCUCUGCUUCCAAAAACAGCAAUUCCUUAAUAAAAACACCGAUACAAAGCUCCAAUCAUAGAAACCUAAACCUAAACCUGAACCUAAACUUGAGUGUGAAUUUGAAAAAAUCACAAAAAAUCAACAACAUUUUCCAAUCUGGCUCAUCUUCUCACUCCACCACUUUUAAUCAAAAUAAUUCAUCGAUCGCUGUUGUCAACUCUAUCAAAAAGGACCAUUACAACCAAGCGCACGACCAUUUGAUGAAUCUAUAUCUUGUUUUUGCAAAGGCAUUGAAGGCAAUGAAUAGAUACGAUCUAUUUAAAUCAAUCCGUUUGUUCAAUUCUUUACCAGAGCACCAUCUAAACUCUUGUUAUGUGUUAGGCAAGUUGGGAAGACUAAAUUUUGAAAUUGUAAAUUAUUCCAAAGCUGAGAAGUACUUUUUGAAACUAAGAAACAUAGAUCGAACAAGACUAAGUGAAAUGGAAUACUACUCCACGCUUUUGUGGCAUCUUCAUAAAGAAGAAGAGUUGAGUUUUUUGGCGCAUGAGUUGUACGAUGUGAACAAGAAUUCGCCAGAGGCAUGGAUAACAAUUGGCAAUCUAUUUUCUCUCAUGAAAGAACCCGAUGAAGCAAUCAAAUGCUUUAAAAGAGCAACACAAAUCGAUCCUGGUUUUGCCUACGCCUAUACCCUUCAGGGACAUGAGCAUGCAACCAACGAUUCUUAUGAAAACGCUUUGGACUGCUUUAGAACGGCUUUGUUAUAUGACCCCAGACACUACAAUGCUCUCUACGGGAUAGGCAAAGUGUAUCUUAGUCUGGGAGACAAUAUUAGAGCAGAAUAUCAUUUUCGAAAGGCUGUCAGCAUCAAUCCGUUGAAUGUUAUUUUGAUCUGCUGUGUCGGAAUGGUUUUGGAAAGAGAAGGUAAAAGAGAAUUGGCAUUGAAACAGUAUGAGCUAGCCCAUGAAAUCCAGCCAUUGGCCCCACUAGCUUUGUUCAAAAAGGCGCAAUUGCUAUUUGUUUUAGCCAAAUAUCAGGAAUCUGUGGUGGAGUUUGAAAAACUAAAGGAGAUUGCACCAGAUGAAGCCACUGUCCAUUUCCUUCUUGCCCAACUCUAUAAAAUAUUGCAUCGAAAAACAGAGGCAGUGAAGGAAUUCACUAUCGCACUCAAUCUUGAUCCCAAAGGAUCGCAUUUAAUCAAAGAAGCAAUGGAAAGCCUAAAUGAUUAAAUUAGAUACAGAUUUAAUAUUGUGGUGUUUGGAAAUUGUUCGGAACAGACAACUACAUGGAUUUUCAGCAACCAUAUCAGGCAAAAAUAUCGAGUUUAAUCUGCAGCUCAUUAUAUUAAAUUGCUUUUUAUUUCUAUUGAAAAACUAUGAUGCGAUUGAUUGAAACUAGCUAUUUAUUGUCCAAAAUUAAAGCGGAUUUUUAAACCUUUUUAAACCUUUUUAAGCCUUUUUAAGCCUUUUUA